AUGCCAACCAAUAAACUAUUUUACUCGUUAGUGGCCGGUGUCGCCGGUUUAUAUUUUUAUGAUGUGCAAUUCAACCAAGGACACAAUGUGGAAGCACUGGGUCUUUACAAUUGGAAUGCACCAGCAGUCAGUGCAUCAAAUUUUGGAGUAUCUGCUUCUGGAAUUGAUGACUGGAGGACUCCAAAUCGAGCCAGAGAUCAAGCAGAAUCUCUGUACGCUGCGGCAUACGGAAAAGUAGUGUCUGCUCAGAAGAAGGCUGGCGAUUCUAUCAGCUCUUGGUCAGAGUCAAGCAAGAGCGAAUUUGAGAAGCAGCUUGCCGAAGCCCAGGCAGAUCUCAACAGCGCUCAAAAAAAGGUGCAGCAGUACGGUGAGAGUGCUGUGGCAGAAGCCAAAAAGAAGUAUGAGGCUUCUAUCAGUGCAAUCAAGGCUUCCUUUGGCAGUUCAAAACAAUCUGCAGAGAAGGCUUACAACUCGGCUUUAAUCAGGUUGAAAGUUGUUAAAGAGGAAGCCUCCAAUUACCCUAAUGGACAAGAUAAACAGCUCAUUGAAGAAGCUCAGCAAAGGGUGGACUUGGCAAGAGAAAAUGUACUCAAGUAUGGAGAGAAAGCAUUGAGUGAAGCUGAAAAACAAUACACUCGAUCCGUUGAAGGGCUAAACUUCAAGUUGGGAAAAACCCAGCAAAGUACCAGUGAUGCCUACGCAAAAGCGUUGGGUAGGGUUAAUGUCGCUAACCAGAUGUUGGCAGAGGCCAAAGAAGAUGUUUCUGUCUGGGGUAAGGCUCGCCAGGCUGCAGCUCAGGAUCAAUUGGACGAAGCUCAGAAUCAAUUAAUUGUUGCACAUGAAGGACUUACUAGAUUUGGUCAGAAUGCUGUGGCUCAGGCUCAGCAGCAGUUUGAAGAUGCUAGCGAAAAGGCUCGCUCACUCAUAGGCAGUACUCAAGAGGCAGCCGAAGACGCAUAUCGCAGGGCUUCCGAGCAAGUGAAGGAUGCCCAGACUCAGGUCAACGAGGCCGCCAACUCAGGAAAGAGCUGGCUUUCUUUUUGGGGCAAAUCCAGCAAUGAGGCUGCGCGUGAGAAGCUUUCUGAAGCUGAGCAGCAGAUGCUCGUGGCUAGAGAGUCCCUUCAGAGGUAUGGUAGUGAUGUUGUUGAUGAUGUGAGCAAGAAAAGCGGACGCUUAUCUGAUUAUCUUAAUGCUCAAUAUGGUGCUACUAAAGAAUCGGCUCAGGAAGCGUAUGAAGCCGCUCUAGGUCGAGCUUAUGUUGCUCAGGAGAAGGUCAACGAGGUGGGAAACGGAGUGUUUUCCUGGUUUGGGGGAAAAUCUUCUCAAGCAAAAGCUCAGUUGGCUCAGGCACAAGCCGAACUUGCGGACGCUAAGGAGAGCGCUUCUCAGUACGGAAGUGACGUCGUUGAAGAUGCACAGAAAAAGUACGAGUCGUAUGUGCAUUCCAUAAAGUCCGGUUUUGGUUCUACCAAGGAAUCUGCUAUUGAUGCUUAUGAAAAAGCUGCUGCUGCUUUGGAUUCUGCCCAGAAUCAAGUGGGUUCUCAGGCGAAAGACAAUCUUGCACAUGCUGAAGAGAAUCUUGCUCUAGCCAAGGACAAUGCUGCUAAAUAUGGCAAGGAUGUCGUUCGGGAUGCUCAGAAACACUAUGAAGAACUCAAGGCUAAUGCUCAAGAACUCGCCUCUGCAGCCUCUACCCAUGCCCAGGAUCAAUAUGACACUGCUUCCAGUAAAGCAAAAGGGCUAUACAAUAAAGCCACAGAUGUUGUAAAGGACUCGUAUGCUUCUGGGAAAAAAGUUGUGGGUGAUUCAAUAACUUCCAGCCAGCAAGCUGCCGAAAAUUCAUAUGAUCAGGCUCUCAAGCAAGUAGAAGAGGCUCAAAAGAAAGUUGACGAGUCUAAAAGAGGAUGGUUCAGAUGGGGUAAAGGUCAGAAAAACGAGGCAGAAAAGCAGCUUGAAAAAGCUCAGCAAAGUCUUUCUGAAUCGCAGGCAGGUCUACAAAAAUAUGGAAAGGAUGUGAUCAAACAAGCACAGAAGAAGUACUAUAGUGCAAAGGAGAAUUUGAAUUCUGCUACGGAAUCUGCGAAGGAUAAUAUUGGAUCUGCUACAAGCGCUGUGCAAGAGAACAUAGGGGCUGCGGCUGACUAUGUCAAGGAUACCGCUGACUCUGCCGUCCACUCUGUUCAGGACCAGUAUAGUUCACUUUUUGGUAAAGAUGGCCACUUACAAGUGAAGAGCAAGGAGGCUGCCCAGGAAGUUGCUGAUUAUUACAAUGCACAACUCAAGAGUGCCCAAGAGAACUUCGAGAACGCGCAAUCUAAUUGGAAUAAAUGGAAAGACGAAAGCUCCAAGUCAAUGCAGAAGGAAGCCGAUUCCAAAUACCACUACUUUAGGCAGAAAGAUGCAGAAGCUCGAAAAAAAUUAAGUGAGUUCGGUGAUGGUUCAAAAGCAAAUCUUGAUAGAGUUGUUCAAGCGCAGAAGGAUGGCCUCGAUUCUGCUCAUAAGCAUGCACAAGGUGUGCUUGGACGAGUGCAGGAUUGGUUAAGGGGAUGA